AUGAUGACGACGUGCCGUCUGCUGUGCGCCCUGUUGGUGCUUGCCCUGUGCUGCUGCCCGUCCGUGUGCGCGGAACACACUGAGACGGUUUCUAUUUCGGAUGCUGUAGCUGGGAGAAACGCCGCCAGUUUUUCGGCCACUGCAUCAAAAGCACCACCGAGGAGCAGCCAGUCAGGGCCGCAAGAUGUGGUGUCCGCUGCGGAAUCGCGAGAAGUUGACGGAGAUAUGGGAGGUGCGAGCGGUUCGGAAACGCAAUCAGAUGGUGCGACCGAUAAUUCACAGAAACAUGAUAAUGACGAUACGUCAGGGCCACAAGGUAGCACAAAUAAGUCCGCAGAUCAAACAUAUCAGAACGCCGAAGAUCCUGCCGCGACGACAACGACGACGACCACCACAACACAGGCACCAACCACGACCACUGCGCCGGAGGCACCAAGUACGACGACUACAGAGGCGCCAACUACGACGACCACCCGCGCACCGUCACGUCUUCGCGAAGUCGACGGCAGCCUCAGCAGCUCUGCGUGGGUGUGUGCCCCGCUGCUGCUCGCCGCAUCCGCGCUGGCGUACACCGCUGUGGGCUGA